AUGGAGCAACUGAGAGAGCUAUCCGCCACCUCAACCUUUCUCCCAGUUCUCACAUCCACCAUCCUUCUCCUCCUCUCCAUAAGCUUAUUGAUCCGCAAAGUGACAUCCUCCUCCUCACCGGGGAUGCUGCCGCCGCCAGGGCCAUGGAGGCUCCCAGGCAUAGGGAACCUCCACCAGCUGGUCUCUAGCCUCCCCCACCAGCGCCUACGCCACCUGGCUCGUAAACACGGGCCCGACGUGAUGAGCCUCCAGCUGGGAGAGCUACCACACCUUGUGGUCUCCUCCAGCCAGGCGGCCCGUGAAGUGAUGAAGACCCGCGACGUGAUUUUCGCUUCGAGACCAUCGCUUCUAGGGGCAGACAUGGUGAUGUACGCAGGGAGCGACUUGGUGUUCACCGCGUACACGGAGACCUACAAGCACCUUCGCAAGGCUUGCGUUUCGGAGCUGCUCGGGGCGGGUCGGGUCAAAUAUUUUUGCCCCGUACGGGAGGCGGAGAUGGCGGAUCUCGUCACCAGCCUCUCCCUGAAGGCGGCCGCGGGGGAGGCCGUGGACCUGAGCAAGGAGGCGUUCUGGCUGUCGACUCGGGUCACGUGCCAGACGGCGUUAGGGAAGGCGAUGGAGUUGGACGAUGGGUUUUUGAAGAUGGUGGAGAAUGUCUCGGACAUUCUCGGAGGUUUCAAGGUGUCCGACCUUUUCCCGUCGAUGAAGUUUCUGGCGGUGAUCAGUGGAUAUAAGGGCAAACUGAGGAAGAUGCAUAGCGAGGCUGAGUCGAUGCUAGACCAAAUCAUUAACGAGCACAAGGAGAAAAGAGCGACGAGAUCUAGAGGAUCCAUUGACUCCAGCACGGCUCGUGAUGAUCUGGUAGACGUUCUUUUGAAUCUCCAAGAAAGUGGGACCCUCCACUUCAACUUGACCACGAAAAACAUCAAAGGUGCACUACUGGAAGUGUUCUUGGCUGGAGUGGAAACCUCUUCAACGACAAUAGAUUGGAUGAUGGCUGAAAUGAUGAAAGAUCAGAGAGUACUUCGGAAAGCACAGGAAGAAGUUAGGCAAGUGUACAGUGGAAAAUUUAAUGUGGAUGAAUCUAGCCUCAAUGAACUCAAAUAUUUGGACUCGGUGGUCAAAGAAAGUCUAAGGUUACAUCCUCCGGUCCCUUUGUUGAUUCCAAGAGAGAGUCGGGAGAAGGUUGAAAUUUGUGGCUACGAAAUUCCAGCCAAGACCAAAGUUAUAGUUAAUGCUUGGGCGAUUGGGAGGGAUCCUCAAUAUUGGAAAGAGUCCGAGAGAUUUUAUCCUGAGAGGUUUCUCGAUUGUUUAACUGACUAUAAAGGAAACGAUUUUGAGUUCAUCCCAUUUGGAGCAGGAAGAAGGAUGUGUCCUGGAAUGUAUUACGCGUCAAUUUUUAUUAAGUUGACGUUUGCCAAUUUGCUCUAUCAUUUUGACUGGAAAUUUACAGAGGGAACGGGGCCUGAGAAUUUAGAUAUGGCCGAAAUUUUUGGACUUACGGUGAGGAGAAAAUCCAGUCUAUGCUUGAUACCUGUGAGCCGUGAUGCCAUGGUUUGA